AGUUGCAUUCCGCAUUUGACAUUUGGGCAUUAACUCGCUGGUUGCCUGCGAAAGUCAUUCAAUUUCGUCUGCUAAUACCCUUAGCUACACGUACACAGUAAGCUGGCUGCAGUGCCACUAAAUCCUUGAUCCUUGAUAUCCUGCGUCUCACGUGCUUCCGUAGCUUACCGCUAGCUUUCGACCCCGACAGUGUCACGUUGCCAACACGACUUGACCAACGACUCCAGCUGCAGCUGCUGCUCCAUGAUGUCACUGCGCGCAACUAUUAACAUUUUUAGCAUUUUAUUGCUGUCUCUGCUGGCCAUUUCAGGCAGCAUGUCAGCUGAACUAAGACGAGAUGAAACGUAUCCGCCGCCAGAGAUGCUGAAGGAGUUGGCGCCGGUGCACGAUAGUUGUGUGCAGAAGACAGGCGUCACCGAAGAAGCAAUUAAGGAGUUCAGCGAUGGCGAAGUGCAUGAGGACGAAAAGCUCAAGUGUUAUAUGUACUGUGUGUUUGACCAGACGGAUGUGUUGCACGAGGAUGGCGAGGUGCACCUGGAGAAGCUGCUGGAUCGCAUUCCCGACUCGAUGCACGACAUUGCGGUUAACAUGGGCAAACGUUGUCUCUAUCCCAAGGGCGAUAACAAAUGCGAGCGCGCUUUCUGGCUGCAUCGUUGCUGGAAGCAGGCGGAUCCCAAGCAUUACUUUCUCAUUUGAGCGAUGACGAAGGGCAGCGAAUGCGAGACACGGACACAAUGAACCCCCCGAACAAGUAAACUCUUCUGGCUUAUGAUUUAUGUUUUUAUUUACAUGUUUUUUUUCUAUAUUAGUUGUUUUAUAUUUAGCAUUUUGCACCAGCAUUCACCAACAAAAAAAUACAA